UCAAAUCCAGCCUCAAAUGCGACACUUAACUAGCUGUGUGACCUUGGGCAAGUCACUUAACCCUCAUUGCCAUGAGGGACAAAACAAAAGGAAGCUGAAAAGUGGGGUGGGGAAGAGGAGGAGGAGUACUCAAUGAGGGGGUGUUGUGGAUAAGUCAAUCAGAGGAGUCCCAAAGUAUUACACAGCCAGGUGAAAAAUGAGGAAAGAGGUGUGUUCCUUGUCCUGAGAACAUGCAACUAUGUAAAUGCAAGUGUGACACAUGAAUCUAGUUGUGCAUUUUCCACCCUGUCUUCCUGAAAAGUUGUGUGUAAUAAUCUAUGUAAUCAUUUCUAAUGGAUAUUUGGAAUGGGUAUCUGAAUACUUUAGAAUAGAAAUCUUCAGCCCUUCUUAAUACCUAUAAAUUUAAAUGUACUAGAUUUCGAGUUUUAAAAGAAUCAUUUGGUGCUAACCUAAGGAAUUCUUGGUCAUUGAAUUAAAACAUCUAUUGAGAACCUAUUAGGUUAGGGAUGAGCUUAACAUGCUCACAGGAAAAGUUAAAUGAUAACAUGGUUAAUGCAGGAGUUUGUUUUGUGUAUCUAUACAUGUAUUGGUUUUUAUUUUUUUUAUUUUCUCGGGUUGGAAAGGAGAGGGGAUGAGAGAAUUUGGAACUGAAAAAUAUUGAAUUAAAGCUAAAAAAAAUUAAAAUCAUACCAGGCAUUAGUUUGAUUGGUCAAUGUUUAAUUGACCUUGAACUUUAAAUAAGUGGUCCUCACAUCAAGUGCCAUCGAUAUUUAAAAGAAAGAUUACUACUUAGUGAAGGCUUUCUAGGAACAUAAACUCUUUACUAGUAUAAUUAUUUCAUUCUUUGUACUUUUAUCCACAGUCAGGUAUAUAGUGAUUAAUAAAUGUUGAUUGAUGGAGAGGCAGGAAUUGAUAUAAAAAUGAAAUAAUAGGGGGUAGGGGGAGAGAUUGAAGAAAGCUCUGAAUGCCACAUUGAGAAAUUUUUAAAAAUAUAUAUUUCCUGGCCUGCCCAGUAUAGGCAGAGGUGUCUCUAGUUUAUCUUUUAGGAAAUGAAAAAAGAUGUACUGGCUGGGUUGGGGGAAGAUCGAUGUUAGAGAGGUCAAUGAGAAGACUAACUUGUAAAUAAUCAAAGCACCAGCAACUUUGGGAAAUUUUGACAUAUUCAGUCUGUAUUCAAUUUGGGUUCCCUGGCAGUCUUUAAAAACUACUCAUUCGUUCAUUCAGAGGGAAGAAAGAAUAAAGACAAGGAUCUGAAAAGGCCAGUGAAUAACUUAGCAUUGAAUUUGGAGAGCUGAUUAAGGUGUUUACCUGUCCUGUGUCACUUUCAGUCAAAUCAGCUGAUUGGAUUACAAAGUUAAUCAAACUUUUAUCAAGUACCUGCUAUGUGCUAAGUGCUGGAGAUUAAAAAAUUGCAAUUUAAUAUUUUUAGUGACUCUCCCCCACCAAAAAAAAGAGCAGAAACGUUCUUCUGAAUAACAUUUCUCCCCUUUCAACUCCUAAAAAGUCAGCUCAGGGGCAGCUAGGUGGCGCAGUGGAUAGAGCACCGGCCCUGGAGUCAGGAGUACCUGAGUUCAAAUCCGGCCUCAGACACUUAACACUUACUGGCUGUGUGACCCUGGGCAAGUCACUUAACCCCAAUUGCCUCACUAAAAAAAAAAGCUCAGAGUCAUCUUCCCCUGCCUGACAACCCCCAUUACUUGACCUCUAGUGCCAUGUCUUCAUUUUCCUAGGAUGAUAGAUUUGGCACUGGAGGGGACUGAGAGAUCCAUUUUUAGGUGAGGAAGCCAAGACCCAGAGGAGUGACUUCCCAGGUCACACAGAGGAAGAACUGGAUCUGGAUGUGACCCAAGAACGAAGAGCUCAAAGCCAGAAAUUAGGAACCCAAACUCACCAGGAAUCAGGACUACCAGGAGCCAGCGCUACCCAGGAGCCUUGGGACCCUGCCAGGCUGAGCAGUCAGGUCUACUACCAAAGUCUCACAGGAACUGAAGUAGUCAGCCAGCAAAUAAAAGAUAUGGCUGUGAGCAGCCAGGAGCCAGAGCCAACUGAGCCUGUGUCUAGGUCCCCAGAUGAAGAGGAGGGAAUGGAGAGCUUGACUCCUUCAGCCCCUUGCCCUUCUGAGGCUGUCCCCAUGGACAGUGAGCCCCUAUUGGGGGCUGGAGCCCAGUGGACUUCGCAACUCCUGGAGGAUGUGGAAGAUGAGUGUCCUAUCUGUACAGAACCCUACGGGGUAGAUGAGCACCUCUUGGUGUUGCUGAACUGUGGCCAUGGCCUGUGCCAACACUGCCUAAACAGGCUCUUGGGCAUAGCUCCCAGCACUGACCUGGGCCGUGUGCGGUGCCCAUUGUGCCGACAGAAGACGCCUAUGUUGGAGUGGGAGAUCUACCAGCUGCAGGAAGAGUUGCUCCAGGCUGAUGGGCCCCAACCCCCACCACCUCCCAGUCCCCCAGCCCUUCCUCCCCGAGGGACAGGGCUCUGGUCUUCCCUGGAGCACCGUUAUCAACUUCAUGGGAACCGAGGUUGCCUCCCCUUCUUGCCCUGCCCACCCUGCCUGAUUGCCAGGCUCUGGGCCCUUCGUGAGAGGGGGCCCUGCACCCAAUGCCUAAUCAUGCUGAUAAUGGUAGCCCUGGAGAUGUUUGGACUGGUACUCAUCUUUCUGCCCCUCCUCCUGCUUGCAUUGCUCUUUAUCCUGCUUAACCAUUCAGGCCACUGACCCUCCAGCCAGCACUAAAGGACCUUUUGAGGGGGUGGGCCUGCUUACUACUCACUAAUGAUUUGCUCAUCAAAGAAGUACUGAACAGAGACUGAGCCAUGCCACAGCCUAUCACUGGAAGGAUCCUGAAGCGAGUGAAGUGACAUUAUCUGAGAAAUCUGGGGCACAAUUCUUCCAGGAGCUAAUGGACACUGAUUAGAGAGCUUAGACUUUGCUCACAACUCCCUCAGCUGCCCGCUAUGAUCGUCAGGACUGAACGGGGGAAGACAGAACUGGAUGACUAACAGAAGUAAGUUUGCAACCUGGAUAAUUUAUAGAAAUGAUCAUUUGCAUUAGUGAAAAGAAGUGGGGGGAAGACAAUAAACACACUGAGAUGGUGGGUAUAGAAGGGGCAGGUGUGGGCAGCCUGAGUCAAAAGACAAGUGCCCUCUUGGUAUGGAAGGCAGAGAGGUCGCUGGGGGGAGGGGCAGAAAUGCCCUUCUCUGCCCCUCUCCUUGUCUGGAGGCCUCAGAUAAGGGCCCUUCGGCUGGUCCCUGAAGGUCAGCCAGACUUGGGCUUGAAGGUAGGGAAAUAGAAACUGCUCCCACCUAAUUGUAGUGGAAUCUCAGGCCUCAAACCAGCAGAUGGGAGAUCUCUGGGGGAAGAGCUGGACUCUGACCAUAUGAGCACCUGCCUUCUCUACCAGGGACAUGGCCAACUGUGGUGAACACAGCACUUAUCUGAGUGUGAAAAUUCCAAGGGGUGUAAAUGGACCUCACCGAAUUCCAGAGUGACCCCUUCUGCAGCCACCUAAAUUCUACUGGAACUUGUCUCCCACACACAUACACACACCCCAGGCCACAAAGGGGAGCCCAUAAAAAGCAGAGCCCACAAGCACUGGGGACAGAGACACAACAGUGCUCGACCAGAGAGAGCAGCAGUCCAAGGCUCCAAAUGAAGGAGCUGGGUCCAGUUUGUACCCUGCUCUCAUCAGACUACAUCUUAAGAACUACAUUGAGAAGGAUGGUGAAAAGUUGGAGCGUGCCCAGAAAAGGGAGACCAGAGGUUAUGAGAGGCCUGGAGACCAUGUCCUAUGAGAACUGGUUGAAAGAACUGGGUAUCAUCCAUUGGGAAAUGGUUAAACAAAUGAUGAUACAUGAAUAUAAUGUAACAUAUCACUGUGCUGUAAGAAAUGACCUACAGAGAAACAGAAAGAUUUGCUCAAUCUGAUGCAGGCUGAAGUUAAGAAGAGCCAAGAAAACAAUAUAAACUAGCAAUUCUCAAACUUUUUGGUCUCAGGACCCCUCUACACUCUUUAAGUUAUUGGGGCCCCUACUGAGUUUUUGUUUAUGUAAUAUCCAUUGAUAUUUAUUAUAUUAGAAAGUAAAACUGAUCAAUUAAAAAAUAUUUAUUCAUUUAAAUAACAAUAAACCUGUUACAUGUUAAUAAAAACUGCCUAUUUUCUAUGAAUAAUAACUAUUUUACAAAACAAAAAUGUAGUGAGAAGAGUGUCAUUGUUUCACUUAUUUUUGCAAAUCUCUUUAAUGGCUGGCUUAAUAGACAACUGGAUUUUCAUAUUUGCUUGCAUCUUCAGUCUGUUGUAAUGUUGUUUUAAUUGAAAUGUUUUAAGAAAAUUCAGCCUGACAAAGAUGUGGUUGAAAUAGGGAGGAGUAUUUUAAUAGGCAAAUAAUGUUUUAUUAUUAUUAUGAAAAUAAUUUUGACUUUGCAGAUCCUCUGAAAGGGUCUCGGGGACCCACAGAUAUCUGUGGAUCAUGCUUUGAAAACUGCUGAAAUACACAAUGACUACAACAGUGUAGAUGGAAAGAACCACAAAACAAUCAAGUGUUACAAAAUUACAAAGAACAAGCAUGGCCCCCCAAAAAAAGAAAAAUGAAGACAUCCCUACCCUACUCCUUUGCCAGAAGUGGGCUGUACUCAAGUGUGGUACACUGCAUAUUUUUCAGACUUUUUAGAUGUAUUAAUCAGUUUUAAUGAUUUUUUUUCACUUCCACAUUUCCUUUUAAAAAUAGUAUUUAUUACAAGGGACAACCCUCCAGGAGAGGAAAAAGAAAGAGAAUACUAAGAGAAAUUCUGGUGAUGUACAAAACCUAUUGAUGUAUUUUGUAUUGAUGAUUUGUAUUAUACAAAAGACAUCAAUAAAAUUAUUUUUUAAAUGUUAGAACUAGAAAAGACUGCAUUAAUAUCAUUUAGAUGAACCCCUUCAUUUUUCAAAGGAGAAAAUUGAAGCCCAGAGAGAGAAACUGACCAUUUGGGGGGGCCAUGGUUGCUAUCUUGGGAUGUCUAAACCCUUCUUCGGAAAGAGUUUAGGCUUACUCUGUCCAGACUAAAUGUUUGAGAGAGGCGUUUUUCAAAUCAAUAUAAGAAUCUUCUAAAAAGCAGCUGUCAAGAAUAGGCAAUCUUUGAGGUCACCUCUAUCAUGGAAAGCAUUUAAACAGAUACUGGAUAAAACCUCCUCCAACAAGAUGUACAAGGGAAGGUGAUUAGACUCAGUGGUCUCCAAAGUCACUCCAUACAGUGAAAUUCUAUGGCUUCUUGGCUGCACCCAGUCUCCUUCUGCCCUAACAGAUGCUCUGGUUUACACUUAAGAGGGUGCAAGAUUCAACCAACUGCUUAACAUCUUGGCAUUAGCUUCAGGGUAGAAUGUAUUUUUUUUUUUUUUUGGUGAGGCAAUUGGGGUUAAGUGACUUGCCCAGGGUCACACAGCUAGUAAGUGUUAAGUGUCUGAGGCCAGAUUUGAACUCAGGUACUCCUGACUCCUGGGCCGGUGCUCUAUCCACUGCGCCACCUAGCUGCCCACAGGGUAGAAUGUAUUAGGUGAGUACAAUGCCUGGAGUAUGAAAACCAGGCCUGGGUGCACAUGAUUUCCACCCUCCAGAGCAGUCAUGGUCCAGCUCCAUGUGGAUUCCAUGGCUUCUUUGUCCCCCUAUGACUCCUAUCCAGUCUCCCACCCUUAACAGCCCAAAGACUCUUGUGAUUCCCUCUCCCUAUCUGGACCCAGUUCCCGCUACCAAAAGGUAGCCGUAGGGUACAAAAAGCCUGGCCCUAGUGUGCCCAGGGAUUAGAGGUGAGGUCCAGUCAGAAAGAGCUUGGCAUGUAUCAGCGAUUCAGUUGGACAAUAACCCCCUG